AUGAGGAGGUUGAGCAAGAGGCGGUUACGAGUGCGUGCGAACUUGCGGCUCGGGUCAUGCAAUGAUAUAAACGUUUUCGAGCAAUUUCCAUUUGUAGAGGACUAUAUUUUUGGUAGAGCUGCGAAAGCAUCUUUUAAUGCAAACGGGAACUACUACCCGCACGGAUACUAUUUGUCCAAUGGAAUUUAUCCUAGGUAUUCGAUUGUGGUGAAGAAGCUUAGGGACCCGUACGAUGAAAAAAGAGCUUACUUUAAAAAAGUUCAAGAGUAUUCGUGGAAUGAUAUUGAGAGAUGCUUUGGGGUUCUUCAACAACGGAAGAGCAAUAUUCCAGAGGAAUAUCCCCAAGCAACAAUGGAAGACAGAGUGAAGAAUGCACAUGAAAUGCGGUCUGAAGCCGCACAUAAUGCGUUAGGGGUUGAUUUGGUUGAAAACGUGUGGUCGGUUCGACAUAUUCCAAACGAGGGAGAGGAAGAAUCGGAUGACGAGGAAGACCAAAAUCACGAGAAUGGCAAAAGCGAAGACGAAAAUUAA